GACUUUAAAGUGCUCUGGAAACAGAAAGACAUACUUGUAUAGGUGCUCGCGUCCGAGAUCUGUAGCACAGCUAGACACACUUAGUCGAGAAUUGCGAACUGGUCCAGGUGCAAAGGAGACGCGUUGCCAGAUUCAGCCGCCAGUUAUACUCAUUGUUAAUCGAUCUCGAUCAGAGACUCAUUGGAUCUACAGAAUUCCAGUGAAAUUUGCCACAGGUAUUGGUUUUUGAGAAAAGCCUGUCAUUAAGAUCUAUACAACACCUAUUGAAUCAAUAGUCUGAAUCGUCUAGUGAAGUAUUGAACCCCAACAAAGUAUUUAUCCAUAGAGAUUCGGUUUUCAUUCACAACUCGUUCUUGGAAUUUCAUCUACAAAUCGGAGUUAAUAACUCAUAAAAUCAUUAAGACCUUCAAAUUUUCCUUUUUAUUUCAGAAUCUUGAAUUCUCACAUAUUCUUUAUUGAAUUCCCAUAGUCAUCUUCGCCAUGUCCUGGACUCCUGAACCGCAAGCUCUCGAGCAGCUUAGGCACAUAUUCAGAGGUACGUUAUCGUCCAAUAAUAACGAACGAAAGCUUGCAAACGAAGCAUUGGACCAGGCGAAAUUACAGCCAGAGAUCGAGAACUAUUUGCUAGAGCUUUUGGUCGUGGAUGAUUCUGCAAAAUCAGAUAUCAGAGCUGCCGCAGGUAUCAACUUGAAAAACAGCAUAUUGAACAGGAGGCAUCAGAAGGCGCCGCCUAACAGACUGUACUUGUUGGAGAACAUUUUGAAGGGUUUGAUGUCGAAAGAUAAUAUGGUGAGAAACAUUACAGGGAACGUAAUAACGUCACUUUUCUCCAUCUAUGGCUUGGAAGGAUGGCCGCAAGCCCUUCCGCAGCUUCUUGAAUUGGUUAACCACACCAGCACGGAUGGUUCCAUGACGUCUCAGGAAGCUGCCAGUGGGGCCUUGAGCAAGAUCUGCGAAGAUAGCUUCUAUUCUCUAGAUGUAGAGUUCAACGGAGAAAGACCUCUCAAUUUCAUGAUCUCCAAUUUCUUGAAGUUGAUGAACCAUCCUGGUAGCGGCAAAAUCAGGGCCAACUCCAUCCAUUGCAUUGCUCAGUUUAUCCCCUUAAAGACGCAGUCGUUCUUGGUACACAUUGACGAAUAUCUCCAGAAGUUGUUUGAGUUGGCACACGAUCCCAGCCGAGAAGUUAGAAAGAACAUUUGUUCGUCAUUUGCAUUAAUCUUGGAAACCAGACCAGACAAAUUGAUGCCCCAUUUGGAUGGAGUUAUAAACUACUGUUUGCACUUGAUGCAAGAUCCAAGCGAAGAAGUAGCUUUGGAAGCUUGUGAGUUCUUAUUGGCUUUAUCUACUGCUCCAGAGACAGAAUCUGACAAGGAAAUCUUCAGUCCCAAGUUGAAAAUGAUCUUGCCGACUCUCUUGGACAAGAUGGUCUAUUCUGAGGAAGAUAUCUUCUUGAUGGAAAUCGCUGAUUCAAAAGACGAUGCCACUAUUGCAGACAAGGAUGAAGAUAUCAAGCCACUUAAUGCCAAAUCAAAGGAUAUCCACUCUGUAGCCAAUACCAAUUCUGCCAGUAACGGCUCUACUAAGAAAAAAGCUGCUGGCGACGAUUCUGAUUCCGAUUUCGAUGACGACGAAGAUGAAGAUGAUGAAGACCUGGAGUUGGAUCAAUGGAGUUUGAGAAAGUGCUCAGCUGCCACCUUGGACAUUCUAUCCCUCAACCUUCCUGGUGAGGUUUUAAAUGUGACAUUACCCAUAUUACAAGAUAGGAUUGUAUCUCAGGAAUGGCCUGUUCGUGAAGCAGCAAUUCUUGCCUUUGGAGCUAUAAGUAAAAGUUGCCUAGAAUUAGCCAGAGAAAAAUUACCCACUUUGGUGCCAUUCCUAGUCGAUAGAUUGAAAGAUAGCGAACCCAGAGUGAGACAGAUUGCUUGUUGGACGUUGUCCAGGUUUGCUACCUGGAUCGCUGAGGAAGCGCAUGAAGGGGGACAGUAUGCAAAUUACUUCCAACCUACGUUUCAGUCGAUUGUAGCCUGUUCCAUGGACCAGAAAAAGGUGGUUCAAGAAGCUGCAUGUUCUGCAUUAUCGUCAUUUAUAGAAGAGUCCGAUUCCACCUUGAUAGAGUACUACUUAGGACCAUUGUUGGACCAUUUUGCAAAAUGCUUCCAGACAUACCAGCGUAAGAACUUGAUCAUCUUGUACGAUUGCGUUCAGACAUUUGUAGAAAAAAUGGGAUACGACAACUUGGCGUCUAAACCAGAAUACGUCAACACCUUGUUGCCUCCGUUGUUGCAUAAAUGGCAAAUCCUAGACGACAAUGAUACGGGAUUGUGGCCCUUGUUGGAAUGUAUGGCCUCUAUUGCAGCUACCUUGGGUGAACUCUUUGCUCCUUAUGCUGUUCCAGUGUACGAGAGAGCUAUCAAUAUUUUGUCCAAUUGUAUCCAGCUAGACUUGCAAACUCAUACGGAUCCCUCUAUCGAGGCUCCUGAAAAGGACUUCAUUGUCACCUCUUUGGACUUGGUUGACGGAUUGAUCCAAGGGUUUGGUCAUCAUUCCGCUGAUUUGAUCAGACAGCAUAACACAAACUUGAUGGAAUUGUUGAUGCUUUGCUUCGAGGACCACUCAGCAGACGUCAGACAAUCGGCAUAUGCCUUGCUUGGAGACCUUUCCAUUUUCACUUUGGACCCAAUAGUGAAACCAUACUUGCAAUCAAUAUUCUUGAGCAUUGGUAACGAGAUCAAUAACCGUUCUUACUCUACUUUCCCAGUCUACAACAAUGCUAUCUGGGCUCUAGGCGAAAUCGCCAUGAGAUUGCCGUAUGAGGAAAUGAAACAUUACCUAGCUAACUUGGUCAACUUGUUAAUUCCUGUGUUAAACGGCAGUGACAUUCAGCAGACAGUUUUAGAAAAUGCGGCCAUCUGCUUGGGCAGAAUGGGAUUGAAUGGAGGAGCUGAGGUGAUUUCGCCCAGAUUGCCAGAAUUCAUCGUUCAAUGGUGCGCCCAGAUGUUGUAUUUGGUAGAUAACAGCGAGAAGGAAACCGGGUUCCAAGGGAUGUUGAAUAUUAUACAUGGCAAUCCAGACCAGGGCUUUGGCGGAUUAUCAAACCAACAGGGAAAAAAGAACUUGAGUCUUUUCGUGGUGUGCAUUGGAAAUUACAUGGAACCACCAGAACACUUGAAGCAAUUGUUUGGUCAAUUCUUGGUGUCGUACAAACAGCUUCUUGGAGGUGACAUCUGGGACCACCAGAUCUUGGCUGGGAUCGAUGGCGAGUCGAGGAUGAUGCUCUCGCAAGUCUACGGAGUAUAAAUCACGGAUCGUUUGGUCCUUUGCAUUGUUUAAUUGCUUCUUGUCAGAUAAAUAUUCAUCAUCAUUACUUAUUAGUUAAUUAUAUAGAUUUCAUUUUCAAGGGGUGGUUAGCCCUGUAUGAGCAUUAUAUAGAUCGUUAUUCAUAAUACAUUCUGAGGAAUGG